GUGGUUAUUACCCUCUUCUCCUUAACCCCUUCCUCCAUCCCACUGCCUUCUGGAAACAUCCCUAGCCCUUCUCUGUAAAUAUGUGGCCAGAAUAUGGAUUGUUAUCUUCUUGAAACCCCAGGUCUCCAGUCCAAAACACAGAUUCUUGGCUAAGAAGGAGAGAAUCUGAUUGGUUAGGCUUGCCCAAUUAGAAGCCACAAAUGGACAGAAGCCCACCCUGUCUGCUGCUCUCCGCUCGUUGCUGACAAGUACCGAAAAAGUUCUGCGGCCAAGGUAGCAGAAUCACUGGUUUGCUAGCUCACACUGAACAAGAUCAUCAUGCCUCGGGGUCAGAAGAAUAAGCACCAUGCAAAAGAAGAAUGCCACCAGACUGGAGGUGAGACCCAGGAUCUCCAGGAUGCCCAGGCACCUGCAGCAGAGGAGAAAAGCUGUUCUCUUCCAUCUUCUCCUCAUUUGGGGGUUGCUACCUGUACAAGGUCUGCCUCUAAUUUACAAAGCACUUCCAAGGUGCGUCAGAGAGGCCUUUCUACCACUGAGCCUCUGAGUGUUUCUCUCAGAAGGUCACGUAAAGGAGCUAAGUCCAAAAUUAAGAGAAAACAAAGUUCUUCCCAGGCCUUACCCUCUACUGUGAAGCGCCCUAAAAAGUCUCUCAUUGGUGCAGUCCGCCAGGUGAUGAGCUACAUGAUGCACAUGCAUAAAAUGAAAAGGCCCAUUCUGAAAGCAGAUAUGUUGAAGGUGAUCACCGAGAUCCAUAGAGAACAAUUCUCUGAGAUCCUCAAAAGAGCUUCGUUUAAGUUAGAGGUGAUAUUUGGUAUAGACUUAAAGGAAGUGGAUUCUGUGAAGCAUUCUUACACCCUUGUUAGCAAGAUGAAUCUCCCUAACAAUGGCAUUGUGACUAGAGGCAGGGGAUUUCCCAAGACUGGCCUGCUAAUGAAUCUCCUAGGGGUGAUCUUCUUGAAAGGAAACCGUGCCACUGAGGAAACGAUCUGGGAAUUCCUGAAUAAGAUGAAAAUAUACAAUGGAAAGAAACAUUUCAUUUUUGGGGAACCCAGGAAGCUUAUCACUCAAGAUUUAGUGAAGCUUAAAUACCUGGAGUAUCAGCAAGUACCUAACAGCAAUCCUGAAAGCUAUGAAUUUCUGUGGGGUCCCAGGUCUCAUGCUGAGACAAGCAAGAUGAAAGUCCUGGAGUUCUUGGCUAAGAUCAACCAUAUACCUCUGAGUGCCUUCAUGUCCCGGUAUGAUGAGGCUUUGAAAGAUGAGGAAGAAAGAGCUGGGGUUGCAGCUAUAGUCAGUGACACAACAACUGAUACCAGUUGAAUGUCCCACAGCCAUGUCAAACAGGUCCUCUCACAUCUAGUGAAGUGACGAGUUUUUUAUUUGACUUGGUAUUUCAAGAGACCAGUGAUACAAAGGGCUGAUUAGCUUAGUAUACUAUGUUGUUCAUACAAAUUCAUCAGUAUGCAGAGUAAGUUUCAUUAUAAAAAAUUUAAAUAAUUCAUCAUUAAAUAUGUGAGAUGGAGAAAUAGAAAAAAAAAAAAGAAGCCACAAAUGUAAGUAGGGUUUGUGAAUUUGGGUUUGUUUGUUCUUUUAGCCUGAAAACUGAGUAAACUGAAGCUCCUAUCUUUGAACAUACAUGUUCAACAAUCAGGCCUAAUCAGUAGAACAGACUCAGCAAAACAGAGUUGGAGACUAAAAAAAUGUCCUCCUGAAACUCAAUUUUCUCACACCAGUCACUGCUAAAGCUCCACCCUGAUUCAUUACAUUUGUUAGUAAAUUCCCUUUUAAUUUAAACAGGUCUGAGUUGUGACUGGCUAGUCCCAACCAGAGGAAAAAUAGUAAAUUCCUACUGUUCAUCAUAUGAAUUCAUAUAAUUAAAAUCAAAAUAAUGAAAC